UCAGACUAGCUGGACAGCAACAUAGCCCGCCAGCGGUACGUAACAGGUGUUUUACAAGGAAGGGGUCUGGUCAGGCGAAUUCCUUUGCCCUGGCGGAGAUAUGUUGCGAUGCCAAAUAUGGUAUUUUGUCGGACUUCACGAGGAGGCGUGGCCAAAAAAUGUUGCGUUGCGAAUUUUGGUAUUUUUCGGACAUUACAAGGAGGCGUGGCUAAAAAUGCUACGUCGCGUUAGCUGACGUGGUAAUUUCGGGAGGGGGCAAAAGCCAAUUUCUAACAAGUUAGCAUUCUUCUUCGUGGAGUCGAUUUGAAAGCAUCUUCCGUCUCAAUUCACCUGUCUUGUGCAACAUACUUCCUGUAUUUUUGUUAUUCGUUCGUUGAACUCUUUAGUUGUGAUCCUUCUAAUUGUCUUUCUUACCCAUUCUUAUAUCUUAAAGAACGCUUCGCAGUUGAGAAUUUAUUCUUUUAUCUGGGAACAUACCUGUAUAUUUGUGUUAUAUCCGUUUGUUGGACUUUUGAGCUGUUAGGAGUCACAGUUUGCUCUAAGGACUUUUCAAUUUCGCCACCCCUGCAUUAUUCAAUCAUGCCCAAGGUUAAGCCAGGCAAAAAGUUCAGUCAGAGGAAGUCUACUCGUCGUUCGGUCCGAGAUGCCGCCAGCCAGCCUUCUCCUGUCGACCUCGAGACAGACGUCGGCCAAGUUUUUACUUCUACGCAGAGCCCAGCUGCUGGAAGUUCGGCGUCGACAACCAACGGUGAGUUCGGGACAAUGGGGGGCUCCUGGCCUCUUGUGACUUCUCCACAAGAUCCGGUCAUUCCCCAAAUUCAAUCCCAAGCUUCUCCUUCUAUCCCUCCUGCCCCUGUAGUUGAGGGGCUUAAUAGUCAUGAUAAUUUUACACCAGCCCCCAACCCUCCUUUUCCUACGCUGUCUGCGCAGCCAGAUAUGCUUAGCUGUGUGUGUGAUGAUUUGGACGGGGAGGUGCCUUCCAGUGUUAAGGAGAAGAUUUGGAAAGGUGAAUUUGUAGAGUUAGGUGGAUUACUAAAAAGGGAAAGCUUAAGUGAGGAAAGUUCCCAGUUGCAGGCCUUCAGCCUUUGUGCCACCGGGUCCGCUUUAAUGCUUCGCCCCCAAAGCAAGGCUCCGGUGAUCGCCAGCAUAGAACAGUGGACAUCUGCGUUCAUUAUUUACGCGUCUAUAUACUUGGAGCGACACUGUAUGCGUGCGCGCGAGCUCCUCAAGUAUAUGGAUAUCGUUCGCUCUAUUGUGCGUUUUGGGGGUUUCAAUUGGCGGGCCUAUGACAUUCAAUUUCGGUUACGUCAGGCCCGUCAUCCACAUCGUUCCUGGGCUGUCAUAGACACCGAGCUAUGGCUGACAGUAGCUUCGACGCCCGGUCGAGCAGCGUUUUCGUCUUUUGGGGGUAACCAGCCCUUUCGACCAUACGACCGGUCGUUUCGGCGGGGUAGUUUCCCAUCCUCAGGAUAUGCCAACAGACAAGGGGCAAUUCGGGCCCCUGGCGCCGCGCCUGCCCCCUUCCGCUCCUCACCAGUCUGUUUCGCCUUUAACGCUGGGUCAUGCCAACGCACCGCCUGUCGUUAUGCUCACCGGUGCGGAAAAUGCUCCUCAGCAGCGCAUGGCUCACACGCCUGCAACUCUGCCGCUGCAAUCGCCAAACAGAAGCCUAGCUCCAACUCCAAUUGAACUUGGCAGCAUGCUCCCAUUUCUUAGACGGCACCAUAAUCAACAUAAUGCAGCUUUUCUGAUUUCUGGUUUUAGGUUGGGUUUUUCAUUGGGUUUCACAGGCGAGCGUCGCUCUGUGUUCUCGCGUAAUUUGAAAUCUGCUAGGGAGCAUAGGGACAUGCUGUUGGAGAAAGUUGGUAAGGAAGUUAGUUUAGGGAGAAUGUCAGGUCCUUUCCAAGACCCGCCUUUCGAUAACUUUCGCUGCUCCCCGGUAGGGCUCGUCCCCAAGCGAAAUCCGGGAGAAUUCCGUCUAAUUCAGCAUCUAUCUUCUCCUCGGGGGGCUUCGGUUAAUGACCACAUUGAUUCCGAUUUAUGUUCCGUGAAUUACACUUCAUUUGACAAGGCGGUUGAUCUCGCUGCUCGCUUGGGAGCUAGUGCUCUCAUGGGAAAAACCGAUAUAAAAUCCGCUUUUCGCUUACUACCAGUGAAUCCCUCCGAUUUUGACCUUCUGGGGUUUUGCAUUGAUGGCGCGUAUUACUUUGAUAAAUGCUUGCCAAUGGGCUGCUCAAUUUCAUGUGCCCAUUUUGAGCGUUUUAGCACUUUUCUUGAGUCAUGUUGCCGUGAAAUUGCGAAUUCAGAGCAAAUUUUGCAUUAUUUGGAUGAUUUCUUUUUCGUUGGCGCAACACGGCAGGAAUGUCGUUCCUUGAUGUAUCAUUUUAACUCUUACUAUGCCAGGCCCAAUACCCCUCUAGUGCCAGGGAUAUUCGAGGGAAUCCUAAAUUGACCGAAACGUAAGCAGAGACUGAGUUUUAAACGGUCAUAACUCUUUACCCGUACGUUGUAUAAUCAAACCUUCUACACAUGAAAUGAUGCAUGGUUCAUGGACUUUAUGAUCAUGUUAUUACCUUUCAUAUUUGCAAUUGGAAAAAAAUUAGAAAAGAUGAAAUAUUUUACAUCGUUUUUUUUCAAUAAGUAAAACCUAGAAAAUUAUGAUUUCAUGAACAUUUCAAAGAGUAAAUAACCUGAGUAAUUGUAGAGAUACCAAGAAAUUAAGAAGAUAAAAUGAAAGUCCAAUGUUUACCCUUUCAAAUGACGUAUCUAUUGAUGAAAUUGAACAAACAGAAAUAUGAAAAAAAAUGCUCUUUUGAAUGAAAUACUAUUUUGCUAUUCAAGUUAUUUCCUCUGAAAUACGAGAGGGUUUAUACACACGCAAUUGAAACCGACCUUUUCCAAAAAAGGGCAUUGUCGUCGAUCAAGUGACCAAUCACAGCACAGCUGCGAUCUCCACGCAAACACACACAAUAAUAUAUUAGAGCCAUGCAUCUUCACAGUGCAGCCAACCGUACCCUUACAUUCGUGUAGUCUUCAAAACAAGACCCUGUAAUUUUUCAGAAUGCGCGGUAUUCCGCAACAACCGAUUUGGGGGAAACAAAAUUACUAGUGCAGAGUAAAUUUUAUGUCAUUUAAAUUCUUGUCAAUAUUGUCGUAAUGCAAAACAUGUUUUAGAAAAAUCGUAACCUGGAUACGAUAUGUGUGCGAUGCACUCAACUAUAUACUGUUUUGGAUAAUGUAGGCGAUUUCUAUCCAGUGUCGGCAACAAACAUUUGCGACCCACUCAACUAUCGUUCUAAAGCAUGAAUCAGUGUAAAGUUUGGUCAUAUUUUGUCAGGGUCGCAAAAAAUAUUUUGAAAUAUGAUCAUAUCUGAUCUUUGUAGCCGCAUCUAGGAAAGGAUAUUAAUCUGGGCCAACUAUGCAUCUCGUACAUGCCAAGGAAUGGACAAUAGAUGCCGGAUAUUCUUUUUCGUGUGGAAAAUUUAAUGCAAUAUAAAUAUGGAAAUAUAAUGACAAUUUUAGACAAGAAAAGGGCCUCAUUGCAUAUUAUGUCUUUGAAUAAUUGAUUAUUUUCAAAUUUUGGCUUCAUUCAUUCUGCGAGCGAGCAUACGUAGCAAGCGGUUUGAAUAUUUAAAAAAAUGUCUUCGUUGACAUGCCAGGAAGCCCAAUGGGAUUUCUAUUUGAUAUAAAAUCGUAGCUAAACAGUGAAAGAACGAUAAACAUAACAGGUAACAUUCACUCUGUAAACAUUUCAUGAUGGGGGUGAAAUAUUGAUUAUAUCUGCUUCGGUAUUAAAAAUAAUAAUCUUCGACCAAAGUAGCCACCUGUCUGAUAGCGACUACAUUUUAUUGUUCAUGCCACCAAGUCAUGAACAAUAGAUGCCCAGACUCUCUUUCAUGAGGAAUGUCUAAUCCGCGCUCCCUCCUGACCUAUUAUCGAGGAGAGCAAUUUAGCACAGGAUGUUCAUAGAAAUCGGGCCACGCGCGCGUCUUUUGAUUUGACAAUUGAAUACUUUCAAAGGUUCCGAUACAAACAAUAACUUUUCUCUCCGUUGAGAUCAAGAUUAAAAUUCCUCUGUCUCUUUCCCCAACACCUUCCAUUGACUUAUUGCCAUUAAAAUACAUAAUUUUUAUUCAAAUAUUUGUUUUGACUUUAAGACAUUUAGCAUCGACAAUAUGCGUCAAAUUUCCUGUAAUCUAAAUGAUGAUGAUGAUGAUGAUGAUGAUGAUGAUGAUGAUGAUGAUGAUAGGGAUGAUGGUAAAGAUGGCAUGGAUAAUGUCGAGAAUGAUAACAAGAAAUCACGGGGAAAACAACACACCUCCGCCACCACGACCACCAGCACAAACACUGGCAUCGUUACUUCCACUUAUCAAAAGCAUAAAGAAAAACAAAUAGUUUAAAAUAAUUAAAUUUACUUGUAGCUGAAGCCUAUUUUGCAUAUUUAGAAAUAAAGGAUAAAGAUGAGAUUUAAGAAAUGUAUAGGCUAUAGUCCUUGACAAAUCAAAAAUACAGGAAAUUGAAAGAUAAAAGAGGAAACAGAAAUAACGAAGCAAUGGGGUGUGAAGGUAGAAAUUACUAACAAUUUGUAGAAAUUUAGAUCUUUAUAAUUUGUCGAACCUUACGAUUGUUUAUUCAAAUAAUAUGUUUGUAAUGGAUUAAAGCUAUUGCUUUGGACAAUAUCAGAAAUUAUAUUUUCUACACCUCUUUAUUUGUGAUAUUUAUAAUUACCCCGUCAUUAAAAAUAUCAAUCUAGUCAGGAUUAAUUUUACUUCCCCUUCCCUGAAAUAAAAAAUGAAAUGAACAUUAUUUGCUGUUCAAAUGAUAUAUAAGUGCCACCACUAAAUUUUAUACCGUGCAUUGUCAAUAUUUUAUUCAUGCGGUAGGAUUUAUGCACAAUCAACAUACUCGAUAUGUUAGUACAUUUCACAUUUCCAAUUAUCAAAUUUGCUUGAUUUUUUUUUUUUUUCAUUUAGUAGUAGUUAUCGAGUUUAUGCUACCAGAUUUGGCAUAUGAGCUCAGCGUGUAGGGGAAUAUACCCAUUAUCUUUUUGCUGGCAAAAAGGGAGAAACAAAAGAAAGCGGAUCAUCGGAAGAAAUUAUACAUUAAUAUAAAUUAUUUCUCGCUAAUAAAACAAAUGAGGAAGAAUGGAAAAAAAACGCAUUACGGAAAAUGCAUGACAUUCACAGAAUUUUGUAAAUAAAAGAUCAUGGAAAGUGCGUUUACUCGCUCGAUUCGCUCACUCACAUUUUUCUUUUUUUUAAAUCUUCCUUACACCCAUCAUAUUUUUUACUUCACCCUUGUUUCAUUGGCAACAUAUAUUUUGUUAAUGAUCAAAAUAAUAUUUAGGUUUCUUUCCGUAACAGAUGCAAAUUUGAUGUUUAUUUUUUCCACCAAACUUGGUACGUAAUUUGGUGUUGUUAUCAAAUUUGCUUGAUUCAUUUUUUUCAUUUAGUAGUACAUGCUAUCAGAUUUGACAUAUGAGCUCAGCGUGUAGGGGAAUUUACCCAUCAUCUCUUUGCUGGCAACAUAAAAUCAUAAUUAUUUCAUUAUUUCAUACUUGUGUGAAUAAUAUGUCUCCCUUAUAAUGAAAUAAGUUGCAGCAAUAAAUAUCUAAUGCAUUAAAUCAGUUGUCAAUUCAAUUUUUCUAGUGCUUGGAGGAAAAAAAUUGAAUAAACCUAAUUUCAUAUAAUAAAAUAAAGAGGAACAAGUGGAGAUGUGACAUCAUCAGUCCACCUAAUGAAUAUUCAUGACGACUGUUUUCAUGAAAUAUUGAUAAACUUUAAAAUUCAAUAACUUUGUUAUUUGUUAUCCGAUUUUGAUGAAAUUUUCGGUAUUUUGCUCAGUGAAUUCUGCUCUAUUUAUAAAACUAUAAAUACUUUCAGCCCGGACCAUCCCUUUAAUACUAAGAAGAAGGUGAAGGAGAAGAAUAAUGAUAAUGAUAAUAAUAAUUAUAAUAACAAUAAUGAUAAUAAUGAUUAUGAUAAUAGUAAUACUAAUAAUGAUAAUAUUAAUAAUAUUAAUAACAAUAAUAAAUGAAUAAAUAAAUAACGAGUGUGAUGAUUGCAGUGCGCAGACGAGAGUUGGAAAUGAUAGGCUUCUAGUUCUUUACUCAUGUAUUUAUAACGAGAAAAAUUUUGUGAGAAUGCUAAAAACAAUGUAUAAGACCUUUGCCCCCCCCCCAAAAAAAAAAAAAAAAAAAAAAAAAAAAUCUCCCCCAAACCGUGCACAUUUGCAGGCAGAAAAAAGCCUUGACUCAAGAAUACUACCAUACCGGCCUGCAAAAGACCCGAUCGAUAGCUCAUGAAUAUUCAUGUAACAAUAGCGAAUGGGCGACUAGCGUUGGGUGGGGAACAUCGUACCGCUCGGUCAUUGGUCAAUUCCGAGCUGAAUGUCUCCGCACAUUCACCUUUGCUCUGCCCAGAAGUACGUGUAUUGCUACACACAACCGUUAUAUCACACGUGUCUAUAGGGGAAAUCUUGAUUCAGAUCGCGGCAAUAUCCGAAAUCAAUUCUGCAAAAUAAUGAUGCAAAAAUACAAUUUUACUCAAAAAAUGUCUAUGUAAACCACUAUUUUGUAUAUGAUAAAAUGAAUCGUGAAUUCCUUGCUAGUAUAACAACAUAAAAAACAGAGAAUAUGGUGUUGAUUUUCUGGCUGUAAAAUUGGUAAAAAAAAAAAAGUUAUUUGGGCACGUAUACGUGCCAAUGGCAUUUGAGGGCUAAGGGCACGUAUAGCUGCCAAUGGCAUUUAAAGAGUUAAGGCGAUGUGCGAGGUUUUUGGCGUCCCGAUAGCGGAGGAGAAGACUGAGGGGCCCGUUCCCACUAUCAUAUUUUUAGGGCUUGAAAUCGACGCGGUUGAGCAGAGAGUUCGGGUACCCAAGGAGAAAGUAAACGUGUUACAGGCAAUGCUCAUUGAUUUUGUUAAGAAAGAUAAGCUCUCGUUGCGGCAGUUGCAGUCGCUAAUUGGCAGCCUUAAUUUCGUGUGUAAAGCCGUGGCUCCCGGAAGAGCCUUCCUAAGGAGACUUAUCGAUCUUACUAAAGGGGUCCGCACCCCAAACCACCGGAUAAGGCUUUCACGCGGCGCAAAAGAGGACAUGCAGGCCUGGCUUACGUUUCUGUCCGAUUUCAAUGGCACAGUUAUGUUUUCACACUCAACAUGGGUAACUAAUGCUCAUUUUCAGUUCUUUACUGACGCUGCGGGUAGCAUUGGCUUUGGUAUAUCCUUCCAGGAUAAGUGGGCUCAAGGGAAAUGGCCAGCUGAAAUACUGGAGAAGAAUUAUUCCAUCGCUUUUCUAGAGCUUUUCCCAAUAGUAGUCGGUAUACGUAUGUGGGGGGCUCUUCUAGCUAAUUCUAAUGUCUUAUUUUGGUCAGAUAAUCAAACAGUUGUUCAUGUUGUUAAUUCCUUAACUUCGAAAUGUCCUAGUGUAAUGAAACUGGUUCGUUUGCUUGUAGUUCUUUGUUUGGAUCAUAAUAUUAUGUUCAAAGCACGUUACGUGCCAGGCUCUCGCAAUGAAAAGGCUGAUGCCCUCUCUCGUUUUCAGAUGGACAGGUUUCGCAGGUUAGCACCAGGCGCAGAUCUGGCUGGCAGCAAGCUUCCCGCCCAUCUUUGG